AUGAAUGCCUACCAGGCACCCGAGCAGGGUGUGUUCAUGGGGGGUCUUCAUGGUGGGUUCUUCCUCAAGUCGAUGGUGUCUCGGCGGGAUCUUCCGGUAGCGACUCCUUCUGGGCGGACCUUCGUGGUGCGCGGCUCUGCAACGGUCCCAGCACUAGUCUCUGUCCUUAUUGGCUCCGACCGUGCUGCGUUGCUGCGUCGUCACGCCUUCUCUCCGCCCGGGUCGUUCGUCGCCCGACUUUGCCGGUGCCAUGCGGAAGUCGAGAUAUCCGUCCCGCCUGAGGUGGAGGUGCUGCUGGGCAAGCAGGCGUCCAUUGCGUGCACGCACACCGUGACGGGGGGGAAAGGUUACCACCUGGUGGAGUGGUUCAUUACGGACAAGAAUGGGGAGCAGCGCCGCAUGGCCUUCAGUGACCAGGACCGCCGGGAGGUGGACAAAAACACCGAAUACACCGACCGCAUCCUCAUGGACGACGACUACAGUCUGGUCAUCAAAGCCGCCGACGUGAGCGACGAGAGGGCUUUCACCUGCCGCGUGAUGGCCGGCGUCGCGGGGGACGCCGGGGGGACGGCCCAGCUCAAGGUCUACGACCCCCCCGAAGCCCCAGAGGUCAGAUGGAACACCAGGACUCUAUCGGUGACCGGGGAACUUGCUUCCGAGAUUGCGGAAUGCGUCAGCCGAAACGGCCACCCGAUGCCCACCAUCAGCUGGUACAAAGACGACCACCCUCUGCAAGCCCCGACAGAACGCAACACCGACUUGUACGUGGUGUCACGGACAGUAAAGGAGGCUUCAGGGCUCCACUCGGUCUCCAGCACGCUCUACCUGCGCCCAAACAAGACCGACAAAGACUCCCGCUUCCACUGCCAGGUCACCUACUUAAUGCCCGGCGGAGAAGAGCACACGAUGAAGUCGGAGAGUUUCCAGCUCACGCUGCACUACUACACCGAGAACGUGCAUUUUAGUUUGGACUCUCCUGAGGUUAUCAAGGAAGGGGACGACGUGCGGCUGCUUUGCCAAGGGGACGGGAACCCCCCGCCGGAGUACGUCUUCACCAAAAUGAAGGCUCACGACCGAUUUGAUGAUCUGGGGUCCAGCCCUAACGGACUCCUAGUCCUUCAGCACGUGACCAAGGAGGACAGCGGAACGUACCGGUGCCAAGUACUCGAUUUCGACAGCCCCCCCGAGGUGGAGCUGGAGAAGGAGGUGACCAUUAGUGUCAACUAUCUAGAUUUGCUGGUCCUGAAGCCUAACAAGACGGUGAAAGUCCCCCUGGGGGAAAACAUUGAACUUGACUGCAGCGGUAGCGGUUCCCAGACGCCCACGCUUUCGUGGAGGAAGUUAGAGCACAAGAAGGAUUCUUGGCACGUCGCGGUCCGUGUCCUUUGCUCUCCGCCUGUCGUCACGACGCAGCCGGCCUCGUUCCGGCCUCAUCCCUAUACACUGUAUCUUAAAUUUGCAACUCCGCAAACCGAAAACUGCACUGAGCUUCGGAAGCCGGAACUGGAGCGCCCUGUGUCGCCGAGCCAUUACUACAGCCCCGACCAGAAGGUGACGUUGACGUGUUCCGCUUUGGGCCACCCGGAACCACAGAUCACCUGGAGCGUCUCCGGAGAGCCUUCCACGAAUAGCUCUGGCAACCGAGUGACCAGCAGGAUGUCCGUGGAGGUGACGCCGGAGCUGGCCGAGAGCGGGGUUAAGUGCUUGGCGAAAAACCAGCACGGCUUGGACGAGUGGACGUUCCGGCUGGAGACCGCUCCUCCAACAGUCUCUGCUACAGCAGUGCCAGUGGACGGGGGCGAGAGCCAGGGCGGAAGCACAGUGGCCGUUAUCGCCGUGUGCGUCUGCGUCCUCCUGCUCCUCCUCAUCGUGGGCUUCUUCUACUUCAUGCAGCGCCGGGGCCGGCUGCCCUGCAGCGGGGGUGAAAAGAGAUCUUUGACCCCCAAGGAAGGGAAUCCCGACGACACCGUGGUGGAGAUGAAGACGGACAAGCGGAACGAGCAGACGGGGCUGCUGAGCCCAGGCGGGGGCGGCGGAGGCGGGACGAACGAGUGCUGAGGGUUCCUGGACUGGGGGCUUCUUCCGGAGAGACCCCUUUCUUCUGCCUGCUCUGCACCACAUCGCGGAAGAAGAGACUGCUCAGACUGGACUGUGCGAGGGGGACGGCGGCUCCUCCCAAGGCCCCUUGGUCCAAGAGGGGAGAGGGAAUCCUCGGAAGUUGGACUUCUCGUUGGGGGGGAAGUACGGGGUGGGGUGGGGGGGCCUGCGCGGCCAUCACUAUGACUUCCUCCUUAGAACGUCUGGGGUUUUGUUUUGUUUUUCCCUUUCAAAAGACUGGCAGCCCUCGCAGGCCCCGCACCAACCUGUGGACGUGAACAGCUCACCAACGUACUCACGUCAACCGUGCACAAACCUACGAGCUCUGCAAACCCGUCCGUCCCCCUCCCCAGGUUACCGGCUCACAAAACAAUCUCUCUCUCACCUAUCCGUUUUGUCACUCGCACUCAUGUAAAAUGUUGCUGCCUGGUCGCCUGGAGAGGCGGUGCCGCUCGCCCUAGGCGACCAGGCCAAGUUUUGUUCCAGGCUCGUGCGGAGAGACGUUUUUCCUCUCUAAGCGCACCCACAUCCUCUCUGCAUGCAAGCAAGCGCCAGAACUGAGCGGCUACAGGCACGCUUCUGUCCGCCGCGCCUCUUACCCGCACGCACCAGAAGCAGAUGUGGCAUCUCUUCCAGAUGUGGGACCGGGUGGGAACAUGUCCUGUGUUGUAGCUCCGUGCUAUGGGAAGCUUCGUCCGCUGAUGCUCGCACAUCAAAACUAAAGGCACUAGAUGGGGGUCUCUCUGUUGUCACUUGUAUUGUUCCUGGCCAAUGGACAACUCGAAAGCACACGUUCUUUCCUUCAUGGGCCCAUGAAGCAUGCUCACUUGCCAUAGCUUGCCCCGGCUUGAGUGACUGAUGCUGCAUCCUGAUACUCCAAGCAAAGCCAUUUUUUUUCCUCCAUACGUGGCAGGCUGGCACGUGGGUCAUACCUCUGGCCAGUGUUCCCUCUAAGCUGAGUUAGUGUGAGCCAGCUCGCAGUUUUUUAGCCUCCGG